UGGCCAAGCCUACUCACUGAAAUACCCAUUUUGUCUCCCCUAGUGGAGGAAAAAUGGACCUACAAUGACAAAUAAAAAAAUAGGGAUCAGCGCAUUGAGCUAUAAAAAAAAAACGGAUCAGCGCCAUGUCUGAUUCUCCAGUAGUGGAAUAGAGAACGGGACACCUAAACCAUUUAAUUCCAGGGUCGGGGAUCCCGUUCGGUCUCGAGGAUGUCCGGGAGCGCAGGGAUUCAGCAGGGCUCCCCGGCCAUCGGUGCAGCGGGAUCGGCGCCUGCGGCUCCGGGAGCCGGGGGAACCGAGGGUUCGGGCGCCACGGUAGGAUCGGCACGAAUCGCGGUGAAGAAGGCGCAGCUCCGCUCCUCCCCGCGCCCGAAGAAACUGGAGAAGCUCGGAGUUUAUUCAUCUUGCAAGGCUGAGGGGGCCUGUAAGUGUAACAGCUGGAAGAGCCAGAACCCCCCUCCCACACCACCCCGUACAGACCAACAGCCCAACACUGUCAACCUUCAGGACCCCUGCCGUAGCUGCUCUCAUACACUGGGUGAUCAUGUAACCCACCUGGAGAACGUUUCAGAGGAGGAGAUGAACAGGCUUCUGGGCAUUGCUCUGGAUGUGGAGUACCUGAACACAUGUGUCCACAAAGAGGAGGAUGCUGACACCAAACAAGUCUACUUCUCCCUCUUCAAGCUGUUGAGGAAAUGCAUCCUACAGAUGGGCAAACCUGUGGUGGAGGCACAGGAGAGUCCUCCCUUUGAGAAACCUAGCAUUGAACAGGGGGUGAAUAACUUUGUCCAGUACAAGUUCAGCCAUCUUCCCUCCAAGGAGCGUCAGACCAUCGUGGAGCUGGCCAAGAUGUUCCUCAACCAGAUCAACUACUGGCAGCUGGAGACACCCUCACAGAGACGACAGCGGGCCCCUGCUGAUGAUGCCGCCGGGUACAAAGUCAACUACACCAGAUGGCUGUGCUACUGCAACGUCCCUCAGUUCUGUGACAGUCUACCGCGGUACGAGACGACCCAGAUCUUCGGUCGGACCCUGCUGCGCUCCGUCUUCACUGUGAUGAGGAAACAGCUGCUAGAGCAGGCCAGGCAGGAGAAGGAUAAGCUACCUCCGGAGAAACGCACUCUCAUCCUCACACACUUCCCCAAAUUCCUGUCCAUGUUGGAGGAGGAGGUGUACAGUCACAACUCUCCCAUCUGGAGUGAAGACUUCCUGGCUGGAUCCUCAGGAGGACCGAUCCCCAUCCAUACAGUGAUCAGCGCGCCCCCGGUGGCCAGGCCUCUGUACUACAACACCAGCCCAGUAUCUGUGGACCCAUCCAGCUGUGGCAGUGUCAGUCCUGCCAGGAAGACCGCCUCUGUUCUGGAACCCAGCCCAGGUGGGCAGAAGCGGAAGCCAUCGGAGCCCCUCCCCCAUGAGGAGACUAAGAAGCUCAGGAUUGUCGGGGACAUCCCCAUGGAACUCAUCAACGAAGUCAUGGCAACCAUCACCGACCCCGCCUCCAUGCUGGGACCAGAGACCAGUCUCCUGUCGGCCCACUCAGCCCGUGAUGAGGCGGCACGCCUGGAGGAGAGGAGGGGGGUGAUAGAGUUCCACGUCAUCGGGAACUCCCUCAACCAGAAGCCCAACAAGAGGAUCCUCAUGUGGCUGGUGGGCCUCCAGAAUGUCUUCUCUCACCAGCUGCCUCGCAUGCCCAAAGAGUAUAUCACACGCCUCGUCUUUGACCCGAAGCACAAGACUCUGUCGCUGAUCAAAGAUGGCCGUGUGAUCGGAGGGAUUUGCUUCCGGAUGUUCCCCUCGCAGAGCUUCACAGAGAUCGUAUUCUGUGCUGUCACCUCCAACGAGCAGGUCAAGGGAUACGGCACUCACCUGAUGAACCAUCUGAAGGAGUACCACAUCAAGCACGACAUCCUCAACUUCCUCACCUACGCAGACGAGUAUGCCAUUGGCUACUUCAAAAAGCAGGGCUUCUCUAAAGACAUCAAGGUUCCCAAGGCCAAGUAUCUGGGCUACAUAAAAGACUAUGAGGGAGCGACGCUGAUGGGCUGUGAGCUCAACCCCAGCAUCCCUUACACUGAGUUCUCUGUCAUUAUCAAGAAACAGAAAGAGAUCAUAAAGAAACUGAUAGAGAGGAAGCAAGGUCAGAUCAGAAAGGUCUACCCAGGACUUUCCUGUUUUAAGGAAGGAGUUAGACAGAUUCCCAUCGAGAGCAUUCCUGGAAUACAAACUGGAUGGAAACCGGUGGGCAAAGGGAAAGAGCUGAAGGAUCCAGAUCAGCUGUACAGCACCCUGAAGACCAUCCUACAACAUGUUAAGAGUCACCAGAAUGCCUGGCCGUUCAUGGAACCAGUGAAGAAGACUGAGGCUCCUGGCUACUACCAAGUCAUCCGCUUCCCUAUGGACCUGAAGACGAUGUCGGAGCGUCUGAAGAGCAGGUACUACACCACGCGGAAGCUCUUCAUGGCCGACAUGCAGCGCAUCUUCACCAACUGUCGCGAGUACAAUCCCCCAGAGAGCGAGUACUACAAGUGUGCCAACCUGCUAGAGAAGUUCUUCUACACCAAGAUCAAGGAGGCAGGUCUCAUUGAGAAGUGAAGAGAUGGAAGGGGCUUCAAGGGUGAGGGAGCAAUGGCUUAGGUAUAAUGAUUUCAAAAGGUUUUUGUUUUUAUUUACUUAUUCUUUAUUUUUCUACUGCGUUCAACCAGAAAGAGAUAGAUAUAUAUCCAGUAGGGAGGAUGAUUUUAGGUUAAUCAGUAUACUAUCCCUUGCCCCACUCAGGAAAACAGAAGUCCUAGAUAGAAACUUCCAUCUGUUCAGCUAACCUAACCCUCCAUCUGUUCAGCUAACCCAACCCUCCUUCUGUUCAGCCAACCCAACCCUCCAUCUGUUCAGCUAACCCAACCCUCCAUCUGUUCAGCUAACCUAACCCUCCAUCUGUUCAG